CAAGAAUCGAAAAGAGAAAAUCAACCCGAAUGUUUCAAUUAUUUUGCCUAGUUUUGCUGGCAACCGGUGCCAGCAGCAGCUACAGCAUAUUCAAAGAGAAAUUCAACGAGCAGCUGGUCACAUAUUUACACGCGGGCAAGCCGCAGGUGCAGGACGCCCUGACCCUGCUCCAGACGGUCUAUUCGCAGAAUCGCAUCCACAUCUAUUGCCGGCGCGAUCAGCCGCUGCGAUGGCGCAACAUCUUCCAGAGCAAUCGACUGCAGCUGAUCACCAAGGCGCCCAACGUGGACUAUGUGCAGUACAGGGCGGCCACGGCACAGGGUGUCUACGAGGCGCAUCUGCGGCGCCGCGAAUGCCACGAGGGCAAACUGCUGGCGGCAGGUGUACAGCAGGUGCGCUACAUAACGCUGCCGGCGCAUGCGCACUCCUGCUAUGGCAUCUACACGGAUCAGGCCUACAAUUUGACCCUGUUGCAGGUGCGCUGCGACAGGGAGCGUGUGGCACGCUUCCUCCUGGGCCUGGGCCUCUGGCUGGCCGAAACUUUCACUCCGCUGGGCGAUACCAUAUUCUGUCUCUAUGCCGUGGCCAUUGCGCUGGGCGUCCAUUUGGCCAGCGUGGGCGCCGUUUGUUUGGUUUUACUUAGUCGUGGGGAUCGCAAAUUGAACUAUUUGCGUCCAGUGGGCGCCAAUUUCAAGCUUGUGCUCGAGCAGCAUCCGACGGCCGUGAUGCUGGCCCUGAUCGGCGGCGCCUGGCUGCUGUUCAACACGUGCCGGCAACAUCGUGACCUGUGGCAACAUCGCAAGGUGCGUCGCGCCCACAGCCGGCUGUUGCGGCUGCUCGCGUACGUGCUCAUCGGAGGCGCCUCGAACCAUCCGCGCUUCGGCUGGUAUUGCGUGUGCCUGCUGCUGCCCUGGCCGGAGCUGUAUUGGCUGAUGUGCUGGCUACGGCGGGCAGUGGUUAAGAUCCAACGUCAGGUCUUGCCGCCGCGGCCGCGGCUUUUGCUCAGCGAGCGCGAAUUCCUGGCCCAGGCGGGCUACGAGACGCAACGUGCCUUGGGCAACAUGCGGCAGCGUCUGCGCGUCGCUUCGCCCAGCUGGGAGCAGUUGGCGCAAUUACAGGCGCCGCAGCAGUUCGCACAGUUCCUCAGCUCCGGUGCCUACGAGACCGGGAACCCAGCAUGGAAUGACCGCGCUUUGGACACCAACAACACCAACAACAGCAACGUCAGCAACAUCAACGUCGUCAGCAACAGGCAGCUGCAGACCUUGGAUGAGGGGCAGCGGGCAGAGGCCGUUAUGCUGGAGCAUCUGGCAGCUGUUAUGAACAGCGACUCGAGCAUCUCCAAUGCCAUUAGCUCCUCCUCGACCGAAUCGAUCUAUCACAAUCUGCACUUUACGGGCUCGACGCGCAGCCUGCGGGGCGACUGAACUGAACUAAACUAAACUAAAACGGAAACCAUCUCUAAAUGGCAGUCAUCGACUCUAGACUGGCACAAAAAGAUUGCCCCUGAAUAAUGACAGAAAUUGAAUCGAAAACACGGCAGCAACCACAGCAACUGCGACGGCAACAGUAGCAGCAACAUCGAUGAUGCCUACAGCAGCAGGAGCAGCAGCAGCAGCAGCAGCAACUACGCCAGCAACAUCGCCAGCAUAUACAACCAACAGCAAUAAGAGUAGCAACAAGGCAAACUGUGACAGCAAUAUUAACAGCUGCAAUGAAAAGCGUCUACAGCGACGUCAGCAACAGUGGGCGUAACUACGGCAGCAACUCUGCAACAGCUACAAGGACAAUACCAACAGUAACAACGGCAACACC